CUGGAGAGGAGGAGCGCUCAGUUACACUUAUCCUACUACUACUACUUCGACCGAGUCACGUUUGUACUUACAUCAUUCGCUCGCCACAUCUGGCCCCUAAGCUUGAAUUUAUAAAGGCUUCUGGGACACACUCUUUGCAAAUUGUUUUCUUGAUUCCUGCAAGCUUCCUCCUGUCCCUCCACCAUGUUGGUAAUACUGGCCUUCAUCGUCCUCUUCCACAUAAUCUCAGCCACACUACUCUUCAUAGCAACAAUAAACAAUGCUUGGUGGGUGUCAGGAAAUAUAUACACCGACCUGUGGUACUCCUGCAACUCCACAUGCUACCCAGUGGAGAACAGUGCUUCGACUGCAGCAGGCUUCCUCCAGGCUGUGCAGGCAACCAUGAUCCUGUCCACCAUUUUGUGCUGCGUGGGGUUCUUUGUCUUCAUCCUGCAGCUCUUCCGUCUCAGCCAGGGCGAGAGGUUCGUCUUCACAGCCAUCAUCCAGCUUCUGUCAGCCCUCUGCGUGAUGAUCGGCGCCUCCAUCUACACCGCACAGCACGAAAGCUUCCAGAAGCAGCAGUUCAGGAACGGGAACUACGGCUAUUCCUUUGUCCUGGCCUGGAUCGCCUUCCCGCUCACCUUCAUCAGUGGCCUGAUGUAUCUAAUCCUGAGGAAACGCAGAUAAUCCACAACGCCACCACCUCUCCAGCGCUCAUCGACUGCCAGCAGCAGACGCCACGGGCAAAGGAAUAUAUUUUGUAUAUACUCUUUUUUUAAUGUAUAGUGAAAAAAAUACAAUGCCAAAAUAAUAUUACUAGGACUGAAAAAAAUAUUAACAGUAGCUACUAGAAACUUGUAUUAAACCUAGGUGUGGUAUUAUAUGUAGAAUUUUAACCCUUUUUGUCUUAAAUAUAACAUUUAAAUGCAUCCUUGGUGAAAACGUGUAAUGCUGUGAUUGAAGGGCUUACAGGAGGAGGUACAAACUUGAAAACAAAUGCGGACAAACAUGUUAUGGCAUGAGGUCUCACUGGAGAAAACCGAAUUUGUUGUUUAAACCACUAGACGGCUGUAAUGUUUUGAAGUAUUAUACUUGAGAAUUCCGGGUUGUGAAAUUGUCUUUUGGUCAAUGCUCAUGUUGAAAGUGGUUUUAACUUUGUUCUCUGGGAAGAAAAUAGUGGUUUACAUUGCAAAUGUUAUUCUGUGCAUAUUUAAUUGGAGCUUGAGUUAAAUGAACACUUUCUGGAAAAAAGGCAAAAAGUAUUUGAAAAUGAACUCGGGGAAAGUGUUUGGUUGAGCAUAUGCUAAGUCAUUGGCUCUCCCAAGGCGUAUUUUUCCACAUCUGCCAAUCCAACGAAACACUUUCCUGGGUUUCAGCUCCUUGAACCACCCUCUGUGCCUUGUCAGUGUUGCCUUCUUCCUGGUCAUCACCAGGGACUGAAGGAAGAAGACUGUCCAAAAUCACCACAGACCUUAACCUAGAAAGCCAAGGAAAAUCAGAUACUGUACUGAAUUAACUAUGAAAGUCAAUAGUAACAGCUUACCUACAGAGACCAAGGUCUUACUUGAAAUGAAAGUUCCAUUUCUGGCCAAGGGCUUAAAAACAUGGGACUUUAAAUUGUGGAGUAUUCGCAGACCAGCCAGUUUCUGCACGUGUGGCUGAUGUAGCAUGUGUCCAUGUUUUAUUAGCAGCACUGUCGCUCAACCACACUGUGCAGGAUGUUGUACCCAACGCUGUUCGUUAAUAUUGGUCCAAACGAUAUCAUUGGAUCAGCCCUUUUCAGAAUUUCAUAUUUUCAUAUUACAAAAGAAUAUUGUCUGAAAAAAAUAUCAUGGUCAAUUUUUGGGGUUCACAUAU